AGGCGGGGCGGCGCAUGACCUAAGGCCUCUCUGCCGCGCGCGCAGGUACGGGGCCGGAGUCGCAGGUGCCCAGCUGCCGCCCACAUUUCUGUUCCAGAGUCCCGAACCCCGAGCACUGGGAUGCCUGGCUACUCCGGCCUUCGCCCACCAUUUCCCAGUCCCCUGGAGGUGGGACCAGACGCCGCACAGGCCCCGUGCUGUUACCCAUCGCUGCCUGCGCCCCGGGGGCUGUGCCCAGCAGCUUCCUGGCCCUUCUCCAGCCGUGAGCGUCCGUUUUCCAGCCCUGCUGCUCCACUUGAGGCCCCUUCCCCAGAGCCAAGGCACUGAUGUUUGAACUGGAAACUUCAAAACUUUUAAUAGAAUCUUCAUGAUGGGUUUGAGCUAGACAAGCUAGAAAUUUCUUUAGAACCCCAGCUCUAGCAUGCAUCUCCCACGUUUGGCUUUCCUAGAGAGGAGCUUGAAGUGGUGGUUCUGUAGACAGCCACAGUGACACUCAGGAAACCAGAUGAAUGAAUUUGACUUUUCUGCUAGGACUCUCUUUGUUAUAGUUUCUCCCUGAGUUGUAAGAGGCAUCGAAAUAUACAUGAAACUGAAGAACCUGCAAGGAAGGGAAGUGGUACUUUCCAUGCUGAGUGAAAACUAACCAAGUGGCAGUGGUGACUGAAAACACUGAAACCUGCCACAUCCAGAUUCGCUGGAUUGGGAGAUAAAGGAACGGUAACAGCUGGGGAGAAAGAACUGAUACUGGAAAAGAAAACCUAAAUGAAGAGGAUGAGGAUGACUGCAAAGUAGAUGGCCACCUCCACCUCCACAGAGACAAAGUCAGCCUCGUGGUGGAAUUAUUUUUUUCUUUAUGAUGGUUCCAAGGUAAAGGAAGAAGGCGAUCCAACAAGAGCUGGCAUUUGUUAUUUUUAUCCUUCCCAGACCCUGCUUGACCAACAGGAGUUGCUUUGUGGACAGAUUGCUGGAGUCGUCCGCUGUGUUUCUGACAUUUCUGACUCUCCUCCUACUCUUGUUCGUCUGAGAAAACUGAAGUUUGCCAUAAAAGUUGAUGGAGAUUACCUUUGGGUGCUGGGCUGUGCUGUGGAGCUCCCUGAUGUCAGCUGCAAGAGGUUUCUGGAUCAGCUAAUUGGAUUCUUUAAUUUUUACAAUGGACCUGUUUCGCUAGCUUAUGAGAACUGUUCUCAGGAAGAACUGAGCACGGAGUGGGACAGCUUCAUCGAACAAAUUCUGAAAAACACCAGUGAUCUGCAUAAGAUUUUCAAUUCCCUCUGGAACUUGGACCAAACUAAAGUGGAGCCCCUGUUGUUGCUGAAGGCAGCCCGCAUUCUGCAGACCUGCCAGCGCUCGCCUCACAUUGUCGCUGGCUGUAUCCUCUAUAAAGGACUGAUUGUCAGCACUCAGCUCCCGCCGUCCCUCACUGCCAAGGUUCUGCUUCACCGAACAGCACCUCAGGAGCAGAGACUCCGUAUGGGAGGGGAUGCCCCGCAGGAACAUGGAGCAUCAUUGCCCCCGAAUGUUCAGAUUAUCCCUGUUUUUGUGACCAAAGAGGAAGCCAUUAGUCUCCAUGAGUUCCCGGUGGAACAGAUGACCAGGUCUCCAGCAUCUCCAGCAGGAUUCCAGGAUGGUUCAGCCCAGCACCAUCCAAAGGGUGGGAGUACAUCUGCCCUGAAAGAAAACGCCACCGGCCCUGUGGAAUCCAUGGCCUCGACCACCCAAGAGCCUGCAUCCCCUGACGAAGCUUGUCCAGAUGGCAGGAAGGAGAACGGAUGCUUGUCUGGCCAUGAUCUGGAGAGCAUCAGGCCCACAGGACUGCACAGCACUGCUAGGGACGAGGUUCUUGGCCUUAGCUGCUCCCUGGGGAAGGAACUAGUCUUUCUCCAAGAGGAACUUGACUUGUCUGAAAUGCACAUUCCAGAGGCUCAGGAAGUAGACACGUCCUCAGGUCAUUUUGCUUUCCUACAUGUGCCUGUCCCAGAUGGCAGGGCUCCUUACUACAAGGCAUCUCUCAGCGCCUCCAGCAGCCUGGAUCCCAUGCCUCCUGAGGACACAGCCAUCAGCAGCCUGCACUCUCCCUCCGCUCCUGAGAUGCUCACCCAGCCUGGAGCCCAAGAGCAGCUCGAAGACCGUCCUGGCUAUAGCAGCCAAGUCCCCAUUCCCAGAGCAGACCCUCUCCCCAGAAGGACCCGCAGGCGCUUGUCACUGCCUCGCUUAGAUCCAGGACAGAGAGGAAACAAGCUUUCCACAGGAGAACAAGGCCUGGAUCAAGAUGUUGAUGGGUUCUGUGAAAGCCACGCAGCCCCCGGUCUGGAAUGCAGUUCAGGCUCAGCAAACUGUCAGGGUGCUGGCCCCUCUGCAGAUGGAAUCAACUCCGGGCUGACACCAGCAGAGUCCUGCGUGGAGCUCGUGAGGAUGAACCUCUACACUCACUGCGUCAAAGGGCUGGUGCUGUCCCUGCUGGCCGAGGAGCCGCUGCUGGGAGACAGCGCAGCCAUAGAGGAAGUGUACCACAGCAGCCUGGCGUCGCUGAAUGGGUUGGAAGUCCACCUAAAAGAGACGCUGCCCAGGGGUGAGACAGCCUCCACGAGCAGCACCUACAACUUCACACAUUACGACCGCAUUCAGAGCUUGCUAAUGGCAAACCUGUCGCAGGUGGCCACCCCGCAGGAUCGCCGCUUCCUCCAGGCCGUCAGCCUGAUGCAUAGCGAGUUUGCCCAGCUGCCUGCGCUUUAUGAAAUGACCGUCAGAAACGCCUCCACGGCCGUGUACGCCUGUUGCAACCCCAUCCAGGAGACGUAUUUCCAGCAGCUGGCACCUGCAGCACGGAGCUCUGGCUUCCCAAACCCUCAGGAUGGCGCCUUCAACCUCUCUGGCAAAGCCAAGCAGAAGUUGCUGAAGCACGGGGUGAACUUGCUCUGAGCUGCGCCCAGGAGGUGACUGGGAAGGAGAAAACCAGCAAAGGAAGUUCUGCCUUUUAUCAUCGAAAAGGCCCCUCUAUUUUAUUUUUCUUGAAAACAUUCCCUUUUUUAGGAACGUAAUGAUAUUUGAGUUUUUGUUACUCCUUUUGCAGAUAGGGAUGUGUUUGCGGGCAGGGGUUAGUUCUUUAGGUCAGGAGACCUAGAGCACUUGAUAAAGAACUGUAUUUCAUCGGUGGCGUUGGGGCCAGGAUGGGCUUGGCUCCCUCUCUGCCACACUGAGCCUGAGGUAUUUCAUAUCUCCUGCUACUGUUCCAUCCCAGCUUGAACUGGUGCCACAAGAUUCCGGGUUGGCAUUUUUUCUAGAACCUGAUCGUCCACUAGCCCAGAGUGUGUGUUCAACCCCGACACCAGGUGGGUGGUAGGCGGUGUGACUGCACAGUGAGGAGCCAGAUCUGUGAGCAGGCAGACUCCACGCCCACGUCGCAGGUAGGUUUCUCCAGUGCAGUCCUGCUGGGAGUCCAGAUCAUUCCUGCAGGGAAGCAACAGCACACGGAGACCGCCUGGUUGAAUUCUGUUGGAACUCUACUCAAAUCUAGGGGUGUCUUCUUUGGACCCACAAUGGGGGCAAGCCUUAGUAAUACGGAAGGGAGUUUGGGCUUUUGAGAUCCCUUUAUAAAAGCCCUGGGGGCUGAGCCCUGAGAAUUCAGCGACAGCAGGACCAACCUGCGCUGCCUUUGACUACAAGUGGGCUGUGCGGCUGGUUCCUCUUGAGCGAGUGUCCCUAAAUAGGAGUUUACAAGAUGUCUGGGGGUAAAAGCAAUGGUGCUUUUCAGUGGUGGCUGCGUGAAAGGGAAUGACAUUCAUUUGUGUGUUCCUGGACUUGUGUGGUACUUAAAACCUCAGUUCUAUUACAUUAUAGUCAGACAUUUUUUUGACAGUAUAAGACGGAUUGCAGGAUGAAAAUACUUGUCAAAAUCUUAACUGAAUGUUUACUGGAAGUACUUGAGAUUCCAUUUGAAAGUUGUAUGGUUAAUAACUUCAUGUCAGUGAACUGAUAUCUGAUGUUUAUGAUAUGGUGUCUUUUUCUUGAAACAAGCUUCCAAGGGCUAAAAAUAAAAUAGCCAAAAAACACUAUUGAGUUCUGAGUAAUUAAGUGGUAGCAUUUUUUGUGGCAAAGGUAAGGGUUAAGAUUGUGUGUGUGUGUGUGUGUGUGUGUGUGUGUGUAACGUGGGCACAUCCCUCUUUCCCUUCCCUGAGUUCAGUGUGGCUGGGUAAGGACUGUCUGUUUGCAGGGGUGCCAGGCUGCUGCCUGCCGCUCCAGGGAGCAGCAGCUGCAGCUGAUCCAAUACACCAAGCCUGUGUCACCCUCUUCUGUCACCUCUCUCCAGGAUCCCUCCUGUCUCUUGGAUCCCAUCUGCCUAGAUGGAAGAGGAUCCUAUCUGAAGCUAGGAUAAAUGUUGUCUUACUCCUCUACUAUGUUCUCCCAGAAAAAAAUUCAUUGCAGGUUCUCUGCUGUGGUUGCUGCAGCUCCAGGAAGCCCCCGCAAUGUCUCGCCUUAUCUUUGACCAGUGGUCCCCAGUACCAGGCCAGAGAAGACAACUUUAUAAUGCCAUUUGUGUUGUGAAAAUUCUUCCACUGACCCAAAAUGGAACCGUACAAAGCCUAUCCCUGUAUAUGGAAAAGUCUCAUCCACCUGGAGUAACUCAGAAAAAGUAAAGUCCUGAAACUU